AUGGCCCACGUAUCAGAUAUUAAACUGAUAAGAACAGAUACUACACUUGAUCUUAGCCAAAAGGCCGAGAAAGGUAUGAGUUGACAGCUCGCCUGUUACUCGUUCUUAUAGCCAAUCGAAGCACCCUUAAGCUUUUUUUCUUCCGAUAUGGGACUAAAGCAGACGUAGGUGACGUCCAAAUUAAGCUGCGCCCACCUUCUGUACACCAUUUAAAAUUAGUAUUUUAAAGUGUCCCAUCGGGAUGAGGACGAGUUCGAAGAAUGAACUGACGAGGCUCACUGGAUAAGAUCGCCCGCGAGCCGCCCACAGGAGAUGCUCGGGCCCGUACAUAAUAUAAAAUGGGCCGGCCCCCCUGACCCUCCACGCCCACCGGAAUCCCACGAAUCCCACCCCCCGCCCCAUCUAACAGGCCGGACACGUUGCUCGCCCGCACCUCCAUGGGCCACAAUUCCAUAUUAGGCCCAGUCGAUCAUAACGGGUAAGCACGAGGUGACAGGCGGGAAAUCUACGCCCAUCUAAUAAAAGCCUAGGGAAUAACAUAGGUUAGGGAGGGAAUGAAUAUGAGACCUGGAUUUCAUAUGGUUUUCGAAGAACAUAUGGAUUUGGACGAGUAGGCCGCCCAUGCUCGCGGGCCCAGAGCACUGUGUGGCCCGAACUAUACGCGGAGGCCCGUGGGGCCAAGAUAUUCGGGAUGCGUCCUGUACAGUGGGGCCCAUCCCCGGGCUCACCGACCCAGUUUAUCCGGAGAGAGAGAGAAAUCUGUGGGCCCGUUGGCGAGUCGCAGUCUCCGGAAAUCCACCCCUCCCCGAGAGCUCGGGUCCGACGACGGAAGGAUUUAUAUUUAAAAAAUUGGGCUGGGGCCCACAUGGGGAGGGAAACCGCUAA